AUGCCGAUAACGCGGUCAACAGAAAGAGGACGGAUCGAAACUGAACAGUCGCCGCCCUCAGAAACCACAGCUACAACACAGAGCGUAUGGACAGAAACAACCGCGAAUACCGUCAUGAGUCUGGUAGCCCCCACAACAGAAUCAUCGUGUGCAACAGCCAACAUGGAAGCCACAAUGAAAGUCGCAGAGAAACCUGGGAACUCAAAAACAGAGGCCGUCAAACAGUAUAUAGCCAAACAGAAUGACGUGCCAACAAAACAGCGCGCCGGUACAGUCAAAACUGACCGGUCGCGAAACAGAAAAGAACAGAAGAUAGCCAAAGCUAGAGAAAAGCUCGCCCGCCGUCAGGUGGAAUUGGCAGCCGCCCGACUGGCCACGCUCGAAGCUGGAUCUGAUGACGAAAACAGCGAAUCAGAAUACAGUAAGUCAGAACUCGAUGAAAGAGUGGGCACAUGGUUGGAAACCCAACCCACAAAAACAGAAAAUGACGACCAGCAUAAAGAAAAACCGGCGGGAGCCUGCGACAAACAAGACUUCUCAGAUCUAACCGCAGCAAUAACACUCGCCGUCAAAGCCGCCCGUGAACCAAGAUACACAGAAUUGCCAAUCUUUAAUGGAAAUCACCAAGACUGGCUAUCCUUUCGUGCAGCUUAUCAAGAGACAAUGAAUUCCUUUACAAAAACUGAAAAUAUAAACAGACUCAGAAGGAACCUGAAAGGAAGGGCAAAGGAAGCCGUUGACGGAUUACUUAUAACGAACGCUGAUCCGUCCGACGUCAUAAGAAGUCUAGAAGCGCGAUUCGGAAGACCGGAAACGAUAGCCAUAACGGAGUUAGACACGCUACGAGCUCUGCCAAGACUAACAGAAACACCAAGAGACAUUUGUAUAUUCUCCAGUAAGGUGACCAACGCCGUAGCUACGCUUCGUGCAUUAAAGUGCACACAUUACUUAUAUAAUCCGGAAACUACCAAAACAAUAUUAGAAAAACUCACACCGACACUACGUUACCGAUACUACGACUUCACCGCGGUACAACCGAAGGGGGAUCCGGAUCUGAUUAAAUUUGAAAAAUUCAUGAAAAGAGAAGCCGAACUGUGCAGCCCUUAUGCACAGCCUGAACAGGCGGGGUACUACUCACAGCCCGCACAGCAUAACAGACGCACACAGAGCGUGCACAUAGUCAGUGAGAAGCCAUCACGAGCUAAAUGUCCGGUAUGUAGCAACAUCGAACACACCACAACAGACUGCUACAUAUUCAAGAAGGCAGACUCAAACACAAGAUGGGACAUCGCUAAGAAUAAACACCUGUGUUUCCGAUGUCUCAAGUAUAGGAAUAAAACCCACAAUUGUAAACCAAAGACGUGUGGCAUCAAUGACUGCAAAUACACUCACAACAAGAUGCUGCACUUCGACAGAAAAUUUGAAAAAACAGAAAACAGUGACAAGGAAACAACAGAGAACAUUAAUUCCGCUUGGACCGGAAAACAGAAACAGUCCUAUUUGAAAAUAAUCCCAGUCCAAGUACAAGGACCAAUAGGCACGGUUGAUACAUACGCAGUGCUCGACGAUGGAUCAACGGUAACACUGAUAGACGAAAUUAUUUGCAAGAAGACUGGAAUAACAGGACCAAUCGAUCCGUUACACAUACAGGCGAUUAACAAUAUAAAAUCAACGGAAACAAGGUCAAGAAGAGUCAACCUCACGCUCAGAGGCCUCAACAGUCGAAAAGAAAUAAUACAAGCGAGAACAGUUAACGACCUACAAGUAACAUCACAAAAAAUACCAAAGGAACAGAUAGAUGAGUAUUCGCACCUACGAGACAUCAGUGACAUCAUCACGUACAAGAACGCGAAACCUGGAAUCCUGAUUGGCCAAGACAACUGGCACAUGUUACUAGCUUCGAAAGUUAGACGAGGCAACAGGAAUCAGCCAAUAGCGUCACUGACACCUCUAGGCUGGGUACUGCAUGGAGGUCGCACUCGUACCCUAGGCCACCAUAUAAACUACAUAAAUCAUGCUAGCGAAACCCAGGAAGAUGAUAAAAUAGAAAAUCUGGUAAAACAGUAUUUCGCUAUGGAUGCGCUAUGCAUCACACCAAGAAGACCAAAAACAGACCCAGAGGAACAGGCGCUUCGCAUCCUCAACAGUAAUACAGUCCACACAACAGAUGGAAGAUACGAAACUGCUCUGCUCUGGAAAACAGAUAAUGUCAGUCUACCAGACAACUACAAUAACUCGUUAAAGCGACUGAUAAAUAUAGAAAACAAACUCGAUCGUAAUCCGGAACUGAAACAGAAAUACACAGAACAGAUGGAAGCACUCGUCGCAAAAGGCUACGCCGAGCCCGCUCCAAAAACAAAAACAGAGAACAGAACGUGGUAUCUACCUCACUUCGCCGUCGUGAACCCCCUGAAGCCGGAAAAACUCCGAGUCGUCCACGAUGCCGCCGCCAGUACAGGAGGGGUAGCUUUAAAUUAUAUGCUGCUUAAGGGACCGGACGUACUCCAAUCACUGCCAGGAGUGAUAAUGCGAUUUAGACAGCAAAAUAUAGCAGUAACAGCAGACAUCAAGGAGAUGUUCAUGAAAGUGAAAUUGAGACAUGAAGACAGAGACGCGCUCCGCUAUCUCUGGCGCAAAGAUCAGCGAGAUGAUAAGCCCCCAGAAGAAAACAGAAUGACCUCGUUGAUCUUCGGUGCGUCAAGUUCUCCUUCCACAGCAAUAUAUGUAAAGAACUUGACCGCCCAGAAACAAGAAGCCACGCACCCGGAGGCGGCAGUCGCAGUACAGAACAGACACUACGUAGACGACUACUUGGAUAACUUCAAAACUUUAAAAGAUGCAGUGCACAUAACUAAAGACUUUCGUCGAAAACACGAAAGAAAGCCGACCUCGAAGACCUUCUGGACCGACAGUAAGAUAGUGUUGAGAUGGACAAGGACGGGAUCACGCUCGUACAAACCUUACGUCACCCAACGCCUGACAACUAUAGAAGACAGUGCAACAGUAAACGGGAGGCGAUGGUUACCCACGAAGCAUAACUCAGCCGACGACGUGACCCGAGACGUCCCAAUGCCGUACCACAACGAACAUAGGUGGUUCAGAGGGCCAGAAUUCCUACGCCAACGAGAGGACCCCUGGCCGACGGAAUCGGCGUCAGAAACUACAGAACCAAUGGGUGAAGUAAAUAUAGCAGCUGCAGCACCGGCGGGAGCUUCAUGGCCGAAGCGUCGCCGCAUAAAACUGCCCGGGACCACCAGUGCGCAGAGGAUCCAAAUUGGUUGUGCUGUACAAUUUGUGAACCCAAAUCGUGAGAGUGUGCUAUCUAGUGUAGUUGUUACGGCGCGGAGACGUUCCGGACAACAGUACACAGGACCCGGGAACAG